GGCAGGGAUGAGAAAGGGUGCCUGCAAGCGAGCUUGAAAGGGAGCAGAAUGUGAGCCGCUGAUUGGUGGAAUAGAGCAAUUAGUGGAAGGUGUAGAACCAUUGAUAUAUUUAGUGCUGCGAGCUGUGGAGCUGGCAUUUGUGAGUUGGGGCUGCAGGUAGCAGGGGCUUCCUCUACUGUCUUAUUAUGUGGGCCUUCUGGUUGCGGCUGAUUUCUUGCUGUUUGUGGCAGCUGUGCAUAGAAGGCCAGACUCUGGGACCACAAAUUGCAAACCCCAAAUUUGCCACAAACAAUCCCACCCUCACAACAGUUGCUUUGGAGAAGCCCUUCUGUGUCUUUGAUGGCUCCAUGCUGAAAGGAGCAGCCUAUGAAGUAUACCUGUAUGUCAUGAUGGACUCCGCAAGUACUUCAGGUUCCUUUGUGAUGGACAAUAGCAGUAAACCUCUCGAUGCUACUUUCCAACAAAGCAGUGGAGGACAAAGGGGGCCUUACAAAGCUGCGGUGUUUAAUGUUCCAAACUGUGCGUCGCUUCCCAAGCUGCCUGAUGUUGUGGACGCCACCAAAGCACCUGCCAUCAUGACUCAGUAUCUGGUCAGAGUUGGCGAUGAUGCCACUUGUUUGUAUGACCCAAAUUUUCUAGACGCUUGUAAUCCACCUCUCUCCCAAGAUACAGCCUACAGGUUUAAAUACGUCCUUGUAGACAGUACAGCAGGUGUCAUGAAAGACCAAACUCUCUGGUCGCAACCAAUCAAAACCAGAAAGUUGAAACCGUCCUCUACCAUUGAUACCUGGCCAGGUCGCAGAAGUGGUGGAAUGAUAGUCAUAACUUCCAUCCUGAGUGUGCUGACGUUCACCCUAGUGGCUGGAUUUCUUGCUGCUGCUCUUCUGACUGUGACGGCAUCGGAAGAGACUCCCACUGAGAUGAGAUAUGAAUCCCAAACAACCCAACAGACUGCUCCAAGAGUGCUAGAAACUUCUGAGUCAGAACUAGAAGCUUCUUCCACCCACUAAAUAAAGUCUUCAAGUCAGAAAAGGUGGCCAACCAGCUGUGGGUGUCCUUUCAAUGCUCCCAGAUGCUUGGAUACGAAGUCUGGUUACAAAACUGCACAUCUUU